CCGGUGGCAAGUUUCAGGGAUACGAAUGCAAGAGGGUAGGCGCAGAUCGGAGUCCUGUUUUAUGCUUCGGAAAGCAGAGCUACCACCUCCGUUGGUUCCGUCGUCUGGGUCGGACUUGUAUCUGGUGCACCGCCGGGACGCUAUGGCUAUCUUGCUGGCUGGUCACCUGCCACCGUCGAACAUCGAUGCCGCAAACUGGGAGGUGGCAGAUGCCAUGCUGAAGGACUUGUACGUGUAUGAAGGGCAGCUGGCCUGGCUGGUUCACCUCAUGGGAAUGCUGGUCGAGGGCCAGCUCUACCUGACUAGAUGCAUUGAUAACUUGUUUGCCGGCCAAUGGGACCUUUAUCCUAUUGGAGCUGGAGACCUGAACCCCCUCAUAAUGAGAGUGGCUGAUCUCUUCCAAGUUUGCAACAGAGGAGUUCCUAGCCAGAGAGGAGAGGAGUCGAGCAAGCGGAGGUUAGAUGCGGUCAUCCAAAGUUUCUUGGAGAAUUUUCAGUCAGCCUUAUUCGCAGAUAAUGAUGCAAUGUGCACUCCUGUACAGGACCUGCGGGCCAAGUUUCUUGAGUGUGGCAUCGACUUGAAGUCAAGCAAGGCCAUGGAUACCGGUGAGAAAGCAGGAAAGAAGACUCACUGGGCUACUAGUAGUCUUCUGAAAUUCAGCAAGCGAAAAAAAUCGAAAAAGGUUCUCGAAGAAAGGGUGAUGGAAGAAGAGAUGGAGAAGGAGCGGGUGAGUUCCGAGCUGGCAGUCGCACAAGCCGAGUGUGCUCUUCAUCAACGACAGGUUGAACGACUUGUGUCCGAGCUGCAGUCGUUAAAGAGAGAGAGGGAUAUGUGGGAGGAAGGUCUGCAAGCGAUGACGCUUGAUAUCGACUCCUUGAAGGAAAAGCUGGAGGAGAAAGGGAGGGAGCUCGCUGGCAUGGAGGGGCAGCUCGCUAAGCGGCAAGCCGAGGACCAAUCGAUUCGUGCGGAAAUGGAAGCGGUGAAAGACCGGUUGGAUAGCAAACAGAGAGAGUUCAUGGAGAUGGUGGAGCUAUGGCGAAAGAACGAGGACGAAGUCAAGCGACUCGAAAUGGAGUUGGCGGACACGAAGAAUAUGGUGGAGCAAAAGGAAAGGGAGGUGGAAGAACUGAUUACUGAGAUCUGGGUUUGUGAGCAAGAGAAGCAGAAGCUGGCGACGAAAGUCGAGGAGAUAAAGACGAAGUUGGACGAGAAAGAGCAGGUGGUCGAGGACGUGGAGGCAAAGCUCGCGGACUCGGAGAGGGAAAGGCGCAGGAUAUGUUGUCAGAUAAACGACAUAAGCGCGAAGUUGAGUUCAAGGGAGGAGGAGCUGGAAAAGCUAGUGUUGGUGUUGCGAAAGGGAGAAGAGGAGCGAAAGAGAUGGCGGGAACGAGCAGAGAGGGGCGAGGAAGGAAUUGAGCGAUUGCAAAAGAAGUUGGAGCAGUUGGCGAGGGAGUCGGAAUGGGGCGAUGCGGAGAGGGAUCAGGCGGCACAGGCAGAGAUGGAGCAGCUUCGCGGGUGGCUGGAGGAGAAGGAGAAGGAGGUGGAUGAAGUAAAGGAGGAACUAGAUCGGGUGAAGGAGCAGAGAGAAAGCUGGAAAGACGAAGCGAGAAAGAUGAACCAGGAAGCCGUGGAGCUGAGGGUGAGAAUGGAGGAUUGGGAGAGAGAGAGACAGGUUUCUGAGUGGAAGAAGAGGAAAGAGGAGGAGGAAAGAAAUGCAGAGCUGGAAGGAUUCAGACGCUGGCUGCAAAAGAAGGAGACCGAAGUGAGAGGUUUACGGGAAAAGAUAGAGAGAGCCGGUCUGGAGAAGUGGAAAGCGAGAGUGGAGAAGGUCGAGGAGGAGGUGGUUCAGAUGAAGCAACUGAUCCUCAAAAUUGAGUGGGAGCGAGGUCUCGGGAUCAACACAGAGACACAAGUGAACGACGCCGAUGAGGAACAGGAAGACGCAGUGCCCAUGGACGGCGGACAGGAGGAGAGAGAUUGGGAGGCGAGGGUAGAGAGGGCGGAGCAGGAGGUCUGUAACCUGAGAAGCCGGCUAGAAGAACUACUGAUUUGCUUGCAGAAAGUUGACGAGUACAGAAAGGAAGAGGACAGCCGGAGGAAACAAGAGAUUCAGGAGCUCAGAGAAUCACUGAAGACGAAGGAAAGAGAAAUCGACGAUGCACGCGAGAGGCUGCGUCUUAUGGAGUUUGAAAGAGAUGGAUGGAGUGAAAAGGUUAUGAUUGUGAAGGAACAGGUGGAUGAAAUGCGAAAGGCUCUGUCCAUGACCUGGUCACGACUCUAUCCACAGAAGGCCGAGGAGGUUCUGCCUGACUCUGUGGACGCGGAGAAAACACACCAGGAGAAGCGCGACAGCGAUCCUUGUCCUCAGGUGCUUGAAAAGGAAGGACCUAGUGAAAAGAAGGCAGUGAUUGAAGGCCAAUCACAGUUGUCGGAUUCGGAUUGUCCAGCUACAGAUGAGGAAAUUGCACGGCUAGAGAUGCAGCUUCUUACCUCAAGAAGUGAGAUGACGGCAGCAAAGCGUGACGUUGCCCAUCUUGAGGCUAGCCUUCUGACGAUCAGAACCGACUCGGAGAAAUGGAAACAUGAGCUACAGCUGCGCGAGGAGGAGUGCAUCGAGAUGAGCGAGCAAUUGGACCGCAAGGAAGGGGAACUAAGAGAGAUGGCUGGGGGACUUGAGAAAGUCAUGGAGUCAGAGAGAAGCUUGAGAUGUCGGGCAGAGGAUGCGGAGGAAUUGGUGACUCUUCUGCGGGAGAAGGAGAUGCAACGAGAGAAGGAGAUGCAAAGAGAGAAGGAGAUGCAAAGAGAGAAGGAGAUUGCAGUGGCAAGUGAGAAAGAAAGCGAGGAGAGAGCAAUGAACAAAUCAACGGCAAAAACAUUGAGGUUGGACACGGAGCACUUGAAAAGCAAUGUGUCUCUUGUGCGAGGGGCCUUCAAUGUUGCUGAAGAUGGGACGGCAGAGGACGAGAGAAACCUGCCACCUGCUUCAGCAAUCGACAAUGGGAGUUCUGCAUCCUUCGCUGAGAAGCAAAGUGGUCUGACUUUCAAGGAACGGUUGAUAAAGUGGAACAUUGAGAGACUCAGGUGUGAGACAAGGGAGGCAAAGAGGGACCUAAGUUUUGCAAGGAACAACAUGUGCCUAUUGCAGGGGUGCAUUUCCAAUAACGGCGCCGUUCCUGAUGGUGAUGCUCCCUCCUCAGGUGAUGACUGUGACACAGAGCGCUACAGUAGCAUGGACAUCUACUGGUUGAAACGCGAUCUGGAAUUCUUGAAGAGACAGAGAGUGGCUUGGGCACAGGAGGCAGCGAUGCAUGCGGCCGGUGCUGAUCAAUCGCACAUGCAGAUGGUGCAGUGCCAGCAGGAGCUGGCGCUUGUCGAGGAGCAGAAGCUGGAAUGGUACUCAGAGGCAAUUAUGCGGAGGGAGGAGCUAGAGACAAUCGGAGACAAGCUGAAGGAGAUGGAGGCAGAGCUUGAGAGGAAGGAGAAGGAGCUGGAGAGAGUGGGAAGAGAGAAAAACGUUUGGUGUGAGGAGGCUGCUCGAAAGGCAUCUGACGCCGAGGACAUUGUGGAUGAGCUAAGAGCGUCGAACAUGAAGAUUGAGGACCUGAAAAGUCGGCUCACAAGAACAGAAGAAGAAAAGGAAUGGAUGGAGACGAGAAUCCGGCGAGAGGCGGCGGACAGGAGACGGGUGGAGAGGGACUUGGAACUCGCGAGGGCGGAAAUAGAUGUCCUCAAGCAAGAUGUGAAACAACUGCGAGAGAAAUUGACAGACAACAUGCUGAAGAUGGCCACAGUGAAGGGUAGAUCGCGCGCAUACCAGUGGCGUGUGGGUGUUCUGGACUCGGAGCUCGUGGACAUGAAGAGAGAAUUGGAGAGAGCACGGGGCUUGACAGGAGUCCUGGAGGAAGAAACUGGUCAGCUGCGCGAUGCGCUUAAGCAAAGGGACUUAGAAAAAGAAGCUCUUCUUGGGAAAGUCCAUAGAAGGGAGGUAUAUAAUGCCUUGCUCAAAUGCGAACUCAAGGUCCUCCUGGCUAAAUGGGCGACAAAGCAAAACACCGAAUGUGGGGCCUGCAAAGCAGCGCCCAUAAGUCCAGAGACAAAGGAUGGAGAGCAGGGCAACCAGACCAGAGAAGAUGAAGAAUUCCAAGGAAUUGCGAAGCAAUUUCUCGAGGACGUCCAGCUGCAAUCUUGUGAGAAAUUGGAGAAAGUGCAAAAAACUUGGCUCACAGUUUCGGAGAAGGCUAGACGGAGGCGAAGCAGUCUGAUGUCUUCCUUGAAGAAAGUACAGGACUGCCGAGCGAUGUUGAGCGAGAAUUUCGGCGAUGUACAGGAAGCAGCCAUCGCCGCUGCCUGAAAAGCCAUUCAGAAAAUUGUAUCGAGUCUCUCCAACCUUGGUGGGAAGGGACACAAGACUGUAAAUCCGCGAGGGCUGUGCUUGCGAUGGAUCUGCUGUGCCGUCCAUGGCACAGAGCACAGACCAUGAUAUGAUAGUCUGUACAUGAAGGUCUCAAGUGUAAGUGAGUACAUUGUCCAUGCCUCUAGACUCUAGCGUCUAGAGUCCAGAGUCUAGAGUCUAGAGACUCUAGAGUCUAGACACAGCACAUGGAAGGUAGUACGUGUAAUUUUCUGGCACGUGUAAUUGGCAUAUGUUUGGGGUGCAGGCCACUGUGAAGUAGAGGCUUCUGGCACUGUUGUCCAAAGCCAUGUUAUGUACUUGAGAGCCUUAGAGGUGAAAUAAAGUCGAAACGCAAGAGGUAGAAGUCAGCCGUUGUAAAUCUGUCAUCUUCUUUUCGUCUCAUUGGAGUGUAUACUGCGGCCAGAUAGAGCCAGAUACAGCGCAAUUGCAUGGAGGUCAUCCACUCUCUGGUCCCUGUCGGAGAUGCCAACCCACCCACCAUCGCUGCGCAAGCAAGCUCU